AUGGGGGGUGGGCAUUCGGGGGCAUGGCAGCGGCGACUGGUGGGAUUGCAGGUCGACGGCGCGGACAUUGGGGCGGUGAUUGGGUGGCUGGGGCAGCGCAGCCGGGCGGGCCAUAGCCAGUUGUUUGAGGAGUUUUGUUGGCUGCGGCGGGUGAGUCAGGAGGUUGAGUUGGGGUUGGAGUCGGGAGGCAGAGAGAUGGAGGAUUGGUCAGGACCAUAG